UGGCGUCUUGGCAUUUGAAUCCAGCCGUUUGUGGUUGCUGCUAGUAGCAUCGUUGUGUUCGGUUUGUUCGCUGCAGCUGCCGAUUUUUCUAAUGUACUGGAAACUCUUGAAUAAAUAUAGAAGAUUCAAUUUCGUGUAAUUUGUGAAUUUAUGGUAUCAUCUUCAUUGUGAUUGUCAAACAACAAUAUGGAUAAUUUCAUCAGAAUUGAAAAGAUUGGAGAAGGUACGUAUGGAGUAGUUUAUAAAGGUAAACAUAAAAGAACAGGUGAAAUUGUUGCUAUGAAAAAGAUACGAUUAGAAAGUGAAGACGAAGGAGUUCCAUCAACAGCCAUUAGAGAAAUAUCUCUAUUAAAAGAACUCAAGCACCCUAACAUAGUUAGUCUUAUGGAUGUUUUAAUGGAAGAAUCAAAACUUUAUCUCAUUUUUGAAUAUCUUACUAUGGAUCUCAAAAAAUACAUGGAUACUUUAGGAAAUGGGAAACUCAUGGAACCUAGUUUAGUCAAAUCAUAUUUAUACCAAAUUACUAGAGCAAUUUUAUUUUGUCAUCAACGAAGAGUACUUCAUCGUGAUUUAAAACCUCAGAAUCUUUUGAUAGACAAAAAAGGAGUAAUCAAAGUAGCUGACUUUGGCUUGGGAAGAGCAUUUGGAAUCCCAGUCCGAGUUUAUACUCAUGAAGUUGUAACAUUGUGGUAUAGAGCACCUGAAAUUCUUCUAGGUGCUAAUAGAUAUACUUGUAGUAUUGAUGUUUGGAGUAUUGGUUGUAUUUUUGCUGAAAUGGCAACAAAGAAGCCAUUAUUUCAAGGAGAUAGUGAAAUUGAUCAGUUAUUUAGAAUAUUUCGAGUAUUGAAAACUCCCACAGAAGAAAUUUGGCCUGGUGUUACACAGUUAACAGAUUAUAAAGCAACAUUCCCUAAUUGGAAAACAAAUAAUUUACAGGCUCAAGUGAAGGCACUGGAUGAAACAGGACUGGAUCUAUUGGAAGCAAUGUUAAUCUAUGACCCUGCAGCAAGAAUCACAGCAAGAGAUGCAUUGGCACAUGCUUAUUUUGAUGAUGUGGAAAAGAGGAAACUGCCACCUGCACCUGUAUGAGUGUGUAUUAAAACCAAAUUAUUCUACUAUUCUGAGUUUUUAAGUUUGUGAGUUUUAAUCAGUAUUUAAUCAUUUCUUUGACUUUUAAGUACAAUUUUAAUAAGCUUAAAGAAAAAUAUACGUAGCUGUUUGAGUCAUUUUUACUUUAUACAUUUUAAUACAUUUUUUUAAUUUUGUCAAUUUUAAUAAGCUUAAAGAAAAAUAUACGUAACAGUUUGAGACAUUUUUACUUAAUUCAUUUUAAUCCAAUUUAUGAUUGACAGUUCAUGUAACUUAAUUAUCUGAUUGUGGAUUUUUCAUCAAGUUAUAUUACUAAAUUAUAAUGAUUUUUCACAUUUCCCGAGAUAAAAAAUAGUAUACAAAUGGUUUCAAUUUCAUUUAUCAAUUUGUCUGGCUUAAAAACUUCGAAAUUAAGUAGAACAAGUUUGUAAAUGAAUCACAUUGCAAAAAACAAUAUUAGAAAGCUUUUUUUUUGACAAAAGUGAAAAUUUAAUAAUCUAAAAACUACAAGUUAGUAAAUAUAUGCCAUCAGUCACUUUAAUGAAGAUUCAAAUUAUUAGAAACGUCGUAUUACAUCAAUAAUAUUUUAAAUAGCUAGGAAGUAUCAUCUAUAAUUUUUGCUUUUGAUGUGUCAAUUUCAUGCUCUUUAAUACCUCAUAUUAGCUUUAAUGAAUUAGCUAUCAAUCAAUUGAAAAUUUUGGACUAUUGGUAGUUAAUUUUAAAUGAUAAAUACAAAAUUAUGUAAAUUAUACAUUGUCUACUGUUUUCUUUCAAUAACGCACACAUAGUUAUUAAUAAGACUUUGAAGACACUAAAAUGUUUUUCACAUAAACAAUUAUAUGUUACAAUGUAUGACGAAAAUCAUUGUGAAAAUAAAAUGCACAAAAUAUUUCCUAAAAGCAUGUUUAUUUAAUCAUUUUAUAUGAAAAAUAAGAGAAUAUUUUAAAUGUUAUCGAUUUUUCCAAUGUUCUCUAAUUAAUAGUAAAAUAUAUCGAAAUAUAUAAUUGUACUUAAAUUAAUGAAUUUAGGAAUGACAGUUUUAAUGUUUAUAUCAAUUUGUAUUUGAUGAAAAAAAGCAAGCACAGUUGCAGCUUAUUUGAAACUAGCCUAAUGACGAUGCGUCAUCUAUUCAGAGAACAAAUUCUAAUUCGGAUUACUAUAAUAGUUUGUUACAGAGUCAUCAGUAUUACAUCUAUAUAACAUAUAUACUUGUAUUACGUGUACAUAAUAUACAUAUAAUUUUGAAAACUUGAUUUUUUUUAAUAUGAACCGAAAUUUUGUAUUCGUAUGCACAAUAGUUACUGAUGCGUUUUCCAUUGCAAAUGUAUGAGUAUUUUGGAGGACAUUAAAUAUUUUUUCAACAUGUUUAUAUUAUUGCUAAACGUAUGUAUGAUUGACAAAGUAUUACAAAUAAAUAUAAUUAUGACACGAACAAUGCUAUCAAUGAAUGAUUCGAGGAAUAAUUUUUUAGAUGAAUCACUGUUGAAUCGGCAUAAAAUUGAUAAUAUAGAAAAUUAUUCGUUUACGUUAAAAAAUUUUUUAAAUAAAUUUAAAGUAGCUGUUUUUUAAAAUUAUUACAUUAAAUGCAAUAAUGAAAAAAUAAUUAGAAGAUCUGGUACUGAAAUCGUCAUCAGCAUGAAAUAAAAACGUGAUUUUCUUUGUUCAAGUGAAGGAAAAAUGUGCGGGAUGGAAUGGAAAGUGAGCGUGAAUUUAUUUGAAAAUUGAAAAAGAUAUUGGCUUGUGAGUCUAUAGGAUUGUAGGUCUUGAAUCUGAAAAACUAAGGAAAUGUUCUACGAGACAUUCCAUAGAGAACGAGUUUGAAGAAAAGGAAAAGUAAAGGUAAAACUAUGGUGGAAGAAAGGAGAAAAUCGUGCCGGCACAGCCCUCGAGAGAUGAUUUAUGAGUACAACUGUG